UUUCAACAUCUAGCCACAACAUGAUUUCCUUAGCCAAUGUUUAUCAUGUAGUGACAACAACUGUCCCAUUAUAUGUAACAAUGAUUCUAGCUUAUGUCUCAUUGAAAUGGUUUAAGAUAUUCACACAAGAACAAUGUUCAGGAAUAAACAAAUUUGUAGCAAAAUUCUCAAUACCCCUUUUGUCAUUUCAAGUCAUUUCUUCAAACAAUCUCUACAAAAUGAGCUUAAAACUCAUGUAUGCUGAUUUCAUUCAGAAAAUUCUUGCAUUUGUUCUUUUAACCGCAAUCGUUAAGAUCAGUGGUAAAGGUGGUUUGAAAUGGAUUAUAACUGGUUUUUCAUUAUCAACACUUCCUAAUACUUUGAUUCUUGGAAUUCCAUUGUUAAAAGCUAUGUAUAAAGAUGAAGCUGUUGUUCUGUUAGCUCAGAUUGUUUUCUUGCAGAGUAUGAUUUGGUACAAUUUGCUUUUGUUUCUUUAUGAGUUUGAUGCUGCCAAGAACAUUCUAUCGGCACCUCCAUCACAAAGCACAGGAGGAGAAUCGGAGACGUCCACUAGUGAAACAGAAUUAAAAAGAGAAGAGGAUGGAGAACAGGUUGAAACAAAAAGGAAAAUGAAGAUCUUUCCCAUUCUUGUCACAGUGGGGAAGAAGUUAAUCAGAAAUCCAAAUACUUUUGCAUCUUUAAUAGGCAUCAUUUGGUCAAGCAUACACUUCAGGUGGGGAUUACAUAUGCCUCAGGUGGUUAAUCACUCAAUAGAACUAUUGGCCAAUGGAGGUCUUGGUAUGGCAAUGUUCAGCUUAGGUUUGUUUAUGGCAUCACAGUCAAGUAUCAUAGCAUGUGGGGCAAGGAAUACAAUGGUUGCAAUUGGACUGAAAGUUGUUGUAGGGCCUGCUCUAAUGGCUUUGGCAUCCAUUGUCAUUGGAUUAAGAAACACAUUGUUUAAAGUUGCAGUAGUUCAGGCAGCUCUACCACAAGGAAUUGUUCCUUUUGUUUUUGCUAAAGAAUAUAAUGUCCAUCCAUCAAUCUUAAGCACUGCGAUCUUGUUAGGAAUGCUCAUUGCCUUGCCAGUUGAAUUGGCUUUCUACUUCCUCUUAGCACUUUGAAGGGUUAAUCUCAUGUGUGUGUUAAAUAGUUACUACAUUUGUUGGAAAAUAUAACACUUCACACAGUUGUAAAUUACAGAGUAUUAUUGCUACUAA